GGUUAGGGUAGGGUACUGUGCACUCAAUCAUUUUUGCUUUGUUCUUAUUGGUUGACGUUCAGCAGUGAAUUAGCGAUAGAAUUUGGCCAUCUGAUAGGCCCAGGCUUUUACCAGCCCCUCCCCGGAAGAGGUGCCAUGAUUUUUCUCAUUUGAUAAAAGGAAAGUACUUCUACACGCGCGGUGAGUAACUAUGACGACUGCGUUCAGCAGCGAUGGCGCCCAGGCAAUCCAGCGGACCCUGGGUACCCUGGCAAUAGUUGGCAGUACCGGAGUCGAGGCAUUGGAUGAAGUGUAUCAGCUUGAGGAGUCCUGCACCUUCAUCUUGCAGAAUCAACUACACAAGGUAGCAUUGCAAUUCCCUGAUGACCUACUGGUGGAUUCAGCUGCAGUAGCUGCAAAACUUGAGAAGAGCACUGGGGCAAAAAUGUAUAUACUGGGAGAUACAUCAUAUGGCAGCUGUUGUGUGGACGAGGUUGCAGCAGAGCAUGUUGGAGCAGAGGGGAUUAUCCACUAUGGGAGAGCAUGUCUCAGCCCCUCUAGACGGCUCCCAGUGAUGUAUGUGUUCGGUAGGAGGGCAGUUGACCUUGAGAGAUGUGCAGAGUCCUUCAGAGAACACUACCCUGACACACAGAGCCAUGUGAUUAUACUCUAUGACGUGAUCUAUUCCUUCAUCAUGGGUAGUCUACAGCAUAUCCUUGAAUCUGAAUAUGGCAAUGUUGUCAUGUCCCAGAUCAGCGCAGGUGGGACCCAGUGUUAUAGUCCUAGGCAGACAGGUAAACCCCAUGAAGAGGCCCAAGCUGAAACUAAUCCGAACCAGACAGAUGCUCAGCUUGUUAGGAAAUUCGGCCGUCAGUUUGCCUUGAGGGAAGGCUGCAGCUUGGAAGACUACAGAGUAUUUUACAUAGGCCGGGAGGGCGUAACCUUAACAAACUUCAUGAUGACCUUUAACCAGUGCUCAUUCUGUACCUUUGACCCUGAGACGAGGGCUGGCAGGCAGGAGUCAGUGAACAUCAACAAGGCCCUAAUGAAGCGCUAUUACUUAAUUGAAAGGGCCAAAGACUCCAAAGUAGUAGGCAUUUUAGUGGGCACUCUCGGUGUUGCAGAUUACCUGUCCAUCAUUGACCAUCUAAAGGACCUGAUUAGGAAAGCAGGGAAGAAGAGCUACGUGUUUGUCAUGGGGAAGCUUAAUGUGCCCAAGCUGGCAAACUUUCUCGAGAUUGAUAUUUAUGUGCUGGUGGCCUGUCCAGAGAAUUCCUUCCUGGACUGCAGCGAGUUUUACAGGCCGGUGGUGACACCCUUUGAAAUGGAGAUAGCCUGUAACAAGCGCAGGGAAUGGACUGGGGAAUAUGUCACCAGCUUCAGAGACUUGCUACCGGGAGGUUGCUGCCAUGUUGAGUUCCCUAAUCCAGAUGCUGAUGGCGACGACACUGAUGUCUCACUGAUCACUGGGGCCCUGCGAUCCUCUUACUGGAACAACUCAGAAUCCCAGGACAAUCUACCCGGUUCUUCUCUGGUUCAGAGAAACCCAACACUGACAGUGGCUCAGACAAACCCAGCAGCUUCCUUCUUGGCCUCUCGUAGCUGGCAGGGACUGGAACAGAAGCUGGGAGAGACGCCUGUGACCAAAGCAGUGGAAGGGAGGCGAGGAAUUGCAAUUGCUUACGAGGAAGAAGGGAAUAGCUGAAGCAGCAGGCUGCUCAGGACGUUGCAUCUUAAAACAUAUAUAUCUGUUACAAGAGACGGGGUAAAGGUAGACUCAUGACAUCCACAGACUUGCAAAGUGGUUUGACCUCAACAAAGCUGACAGUUUUCUGUCCAGAAUUGAGCAACCACAUGGUAUCAAUCUACAAAUAUUCUACCACCUACCCCACAAUGUAAAUAUUAAUGGUGAAUGAAUUCCAGUUGUUUUUAAAGGAAAUAGUUUGCAGUAUCAGGAAUAUAUGAUUCCGGGUGAAGGUGGACACUUUCAGGUGCAAGGGAUUUAAAAUAAGGAAAGCCGCAGUGGACUGUUGGCACAUGAAAAAGUAGGUUUGUACAGGCAUGUUUCUGGGCGUCACAAAUUACGUUUGAUAUUCGUCAAAGCACAAUGAUGGUCCUUUUAAAAUGAGUGGUAAGAUAAUGGAAAGCAGAUUCUCGGCAGUCUGCCAGUCAUUGGCAGUGCAGAAAAAAAGUACUCAAGAUUGUUUAAUGUCAGAUUACAUGUUUCAUUUUAAUUAAUUAAAUACAAAUAUAAAAAGACCUCUGUCAGAUGAAGGCAUCAUUUGAGUGUGAAGGAGCACUCAACAUAAUCACAGUCAACAUAAUUGGAUUUCUGGACUUUGUUUCCGUAAACCAGCCGCCACUAUUUCAAUUGGUAAUAUACCUCAUAUUACCACAAGUUUUUGUGUGUAGGCAUUUUUGUACAUUUCGCCAAAAUUCUGUUUUAAAUCCUCUGUAUCUUAAUUGUA